AUGGGUUCAGUAGUAAAUGGAGCACCUGCUGACCUGAGUUAUAGUGAAGAUCCUCAUAUCAUCACUGGCCUUUGGAAGCCUGAGAGCAGCUCUAGAGAAUGGAUUCAGAAUGGAAUCAAAGAAUGGUAUGAGGUGGAGAAGACACCCAUCCACAGUGAGGGUCCUCCUCCCAUGCGGCUGGAAGUAGCCAUUACCAGACCUGUGACUUCUACCACCCAGGGCCCCCAUGGCUGGCUACAGAAACUCGGAGUAGAAGCUGGAUAUGUGACCUACAUCGAAGCCAACAAUGGUGCUGUGAAGAGGAAAAGCGGGUAUGAUACUUACGUCACAGAAUUCGACCUUGAAGUGGAAGAGUAUGUCACCUUACCAAAAGGGGAUAUUCACAAGAAGAAAGAAAUCAUCCAGUAUGUGUCCUUGCAUGACUGGAUGUGGCCAACACAUGGCCCUGGGGGGAGGGGGGGGAACAUCCUGUCUAUGAUGGGCAAGUUAAUGGAGCCAAAGAAGACCGAAAUCACAGACAAACUGCAAGGGGAGACUAACAAGGUGGUGAAUAAGUAUAUUGAUCAGGGUAUUGCUGAGCUAGUUCCAGGUGUGCUCUUUGUUGAUGAAGUCCACAUGCCGGACAUCGAGUGUUUCACCUACCUGCACUGGGACCUGGAAUCUUCUAUUGCCUCCAUCAUCAUCUUUGCAUCCAACCGAGGCAUCUGUGUCAUCAGGGAUACUGAGGACAGCACCUCUCCUCAUGACAUCCCUCUUGACCUUCUGGACCACGUGAUAAUCAUUGGGAACAUGCUGUACACCCCACAGGAAAUGAAACAGAUUAUUAAAAUCUGAGCCCAGACAGAAGGAAUCAUGAAGAGUUCUUAAUACAUCUACGGCCCGCCACAUGCACAUUGAGAAUCACUGGCCUACAGAGAUUUGGCCAAGUUUGCAAUGUAGAACUCAAGCUCUUUGGUAAUCUAGGAUCAACUUCAUUUGUAGUCAUAUUUCUCAAUCCUGCAUCCUUUCCCAUUCUCCUCACGGCAGAAGGACUAGCUGGGAUAGGAUCAGCUAGAACACGGAGAAUAAGUAACAGAGACACCAUGUAAGGAACUGGGGAGUCCCCAAAAACUUUGGGAUAAUUUGAGGUCAGUCAACCUUUUGAUAGUGGAAUUAAACAAUUGAGAAGAUGACCAUGCAGAAAACAUAUCAUUGGGCAGUCUGCCAGUCAUUUACUGAGUACUUACUCUAUGCCAUGGAACAGAUUAAUGUUAACAAUGGUGUUAAUCAGCAUUAGAGUUCUAACAAAAGAUGCGGGGACUUAGUUAUUGAGGUUGUAUUUCUUUAGAAGAGUUCCGUUGUCCAGAAAGUAAGGGAGGUAAAAAGAUUUUGGU